AUGAACUUGGAAGGGCUUGAAAUGAUAGCAGUUCUGAUCGUCAUUGUCCUUUUUGUUAAAUUAUUGGAACAGUUUGGGCUGAUUGAAGCAGGUUUAGAAGACAGCGUGGAAGAUGAGCUGGAGAUGGCCACCGUCAGGCACCGGCCUGAGGCCCUUGAGCUUCUGGAAGCCCAGAGCAAAUUUACCAAGAAAGAGCUUCAGAUUCUCUACAGAGGAUUUAAGAAUGAAUGCCCCAGCGGUGUCGUUAAUGAAGAAACUUUCAAAGAGAUUUACUCCCAGUUCUUUCCACAGGGAGACUCGACGACAUACGCACACUUUCUGUUCAAUGCUUUUGAUACGGACCACAAUGGAGCUGUGAGUUUUGAGGAUUUCAUCAAGGGUCUUUCCAUUUUGCUCCGGGGGACAGUACAAGAAAAACUCAACUGGGCAUUUAAUUUGUAUGACAUAAAUAAAGAUGGUUACAUCACGAAAGAGGAGAUGCUUGACAUCAUGAAAGCAAUCUACGACAUGAUGGGGAAGUGCACAUAUCCUGUCCUCAAAGAAGACGCGCCCAGACAACAUGUUGAAACAUUUUUCCAGGUAGAAAAGAAAAGAAAAAUCGGUGUUAUUCCUAUUUCUCCCUUCCAGGAUGAAAACAUAAUGCGCUCCAUGCAGCUCUUCGAAAACGUGAUUUAACUUGUCAGAUAGAUCCUCGAUCCAACAGACAAAUGUGAACUAUUCUGCCACACUAAAGUUGGAGCUACCACUCUUAGCAUAGAUUGCUGAGCUUUACACUGAAGCAUAUUAUGCAAAUAAGCUUUGUUUUAAUAUAAAGCAAUCCCUUGAAGAUUUGUUUUCCAGUUAUAAUAAAUUUGCAUCCUUUUCAUAAUGCCACUGAGUUCAUGGAAUGUUCUAUCUCAUUUCAUACUCUGUGAAUAUUCAAGAGUAAUAGAAUCUGGCAUCUAGUUUUGUUGAUUCUUUUGCCACGGGACUAUUCAGGCUUUCUCUCUCUGUGAUUUUAAAAUAUUGGUGGUUUUUGCUACUUAUUUGUAUGUAAUCAGUCCUAAGGUUUUAAAUGGCUUUCUAAAAGGUUGACAUCUGAAUUUAAUUUCCAGAAAUUAAUUUUCCUGUUUGUAUGCUAUAAUUCCAUUUAUAUAAUUUAAGCAAACAAGAUGAACACCACUAAAAAAAGAACACAUACUCCCAGUUUCUAAGGAUGGCCGCCAUCUGUUAAAGACAUUAUCUGCCAUUUUUAAGAACAUUUAACAAUGGGUUGAACAACAGCUAUCAACCUAUGCCUAAUAAAACUUAUUUUAGUAAGCAUGCCUUGAUUUUCCAUAAUACAAAUUACAGUGAAGGCCUACGUUCACAUAUAUAAUUUGGCAUUGGUUCAGUCUUACAGGCUGUUUUCUGUUGUGUCACUAAGUGAAAGCUUAGAGGGCAUGAAACAAAGCAAGGGUGUUUACAAAUAUCUGCCCAGGGUCAGGGUAAUGCUUGAUAACAAGUAACCCUUGACAGCCAUGAAGGGCAAGUCCAUCCCCCUCCCUGAUGUCCAUACAGCAUGUUUAUAUGUCAAGCCAUUCAGGGACAAAGAGACCUUGGCUGUCCCGAUGCCUACUAGCAACAAACAGCAAGUAUAAUACUCUCUGAAAGUACCAGUGACUCACUUACAUUACCAAGACUUAGUAGACGAGCGUAGGUGCUGGACAACGCAGCUUGGUUUAUGACGUUAUGAUUUAGCUCAUCAUAAAACUCCAACAAUCCAGAUUCUAAUGAUCUUCAGCAAGACUACACAGUUGCCACGUUACUGAAAAUUCACACACCUUCUCUGUUCUGUAGAAACACCACCUAGA